CAGCUUAGAUAAGCGAUAAACCAGCAGAAAAAUUACAUCGCUAUGCGUGUGUGCCGAUCGUGUUAGCAACAGCGAGCAAAUGAGUAUAACUCUGAGUAAAAAGUUGGGACAAGCGACGAGCGAUUGCGCUGGAAGCAAAUAUUCGGACUGUGCUUUUCAUAUAAUACUCGAGUACAGAGCUGGGGGCUAGUCAGAAGCGUGUCACAUUCGUACGUAAGAGUAUAUAGCGGAAAAAAAAGAAUUUUUAAAAUUUUCCAUAUUUUAAUUCCACAAAAGACUGUGAAUUUGUGCAAUUUUUAAACAAGUGAAAUAGAACUAGAAUAUUUUCUUUCGUAAAUUGUGCCGAAUAAAUAUUAAACGCAAGUGCAAGUAAUAAUAAAAACUUUGAGAAAAAAUCUAAAUAAAACCGAAAAUGGCUACAAGUGCAGACCAGAGCAAAACUCUCGUGGCUCCCGCAAAUGGCACCGUUGCCAUCGAACAAGGCAAAGAUGUACAGAACCUGCUGCCACAUCUGGAAUCGCUAGAGCGUAUUAUUAAAUUGCCGGUUGUAGGUGCGGCCUGGGACAAAAGUCAGGAUGUCUACCAAAACGUCAAAGGUCGUAACCGUGUCUUCAACUGGGCACUCAAUGCCGCCGAGGAUUGCGUCUCACGCGCUGUUGUCACUGCCGCUCCAAUCGUCUCGAAGCUCGAUCGCCCCAUACAGUAUGUGGACCAGACACUGGUCAAGGGUAUUGACAAGUUGGAAGUAAAGGCACCUAUUAUCAAGGACACUCCACAGGAAAUCUAUAAUCAGGCCAAGAGCAAAGUGGUCGAAGUAGUACAACCACAUAUUGAACGUGUGUCCAAAUUCAAAACAGCCGGUCAACAGAAAGCUGCCUCAUUGAAGGAUUUGGCGUGGGCCAAGGCGAAUGAAGUGUUGGCAACACAAUAUGGCAGCCUCGCAGUGUCUGGCGUUGAUACAACAACAGCUUUGGCAGAACGUCUCCUGGAAUACUAUUUCCCAAAGGGCCAGGAUGACGUAGAGGAGGAUAAUAUACCAGUUUCCGCCACCGAGGACCCCGUCCUACACACAGUUCAGACCGUUGGCCGACUCUCGCACAAGAUCUCGCGUCGUGUCUAUCAGAACGUAUCCAGACAGAUCAAACGAAUGCAAAAAGGAAACAUAAACGACUAUCUCAGCUCGCUGAUUGCCGCAUUAAAAUUGCACCAGUACAUCAAUUUCAUCAACGCAUCGAUGGGCUCAAAUGUCGAGCAAUCCUCCAUUGCCGACGUUAGCCCCAACACCAAUAACACAACAGCUGCCGCAGCGAACAACAUCAACUCAGUUGCGUCAGCCAACGCUAACAAAUCGGUAGCAUCCCCAUCAGCAACAUCAUCAACGGCGUCAGGGGCAGCGCCAAAGUCUGCGUCACCGUCAACUUCAACGCCAAACUCCACAUCGGCAGCAAGGCGAUCCAGCCAAACAAAAUCGCACACUGCAACACCGCCAAAGGGAAACUAAGCCAUAAAAGAUAAAAAUUCUAAAUAUAAAUUUAAAAAUAUUCUGUCUUAUCCUGAGUUUCGCCUGAAAAAAAAUUCACC